UCGAGAACUGGACAAAAUGGAAGAACUCAAGGUUAAGAGACUGUUUAUUGGUAACAUAUCUGCAGAUCUGUUCAAAACUCCCGAGGAUUUGGAAGUUAGAAUAGCUAAAUUUGGCUCUCUGAAGUCCAAGUUCGAGCUUCAUUUCAACAGCGUGAGACAGAAUGGGUUUGGGUAUUUGGACAUUGAAGUUAGUGAUAAGUCCUUUGCGAAGCUGAAAGGAGCCUUGAACGGCAUAAAGUAUAAAGGUGGUAAGCUUGUGAUCGACGAAGCCAAGCCUGCCUACGAGCAGAGGUGGGAGGUUGAUGCUUCAAGGUCCAAUGGACCAAAGAGGGCAAAGAUGCUCAAGAACGAGUACGAGUUUUAUAAGAAGAUUGAAAACAUCAACAUGACGUAUAAAGACAGACAAGAAAUAAUCCCUGGGCGAAUGAGAAAGAAACCUAGAAAGGGGCUGAAGCACAUGACCCUUAGAGUGAAUUUCAACGGCACGGUAAAGGUUGUCAAGUGUCACAAGACGAAGCUCUGGGGUUAUGAGAAGAACAAGAAGCUGAGAGACCUCGUCUAUAGAUACCAGAACAAUGUUUGGAAAGAUGGUAACGAACAUAUAGUGGAGAGGGUCACCAGGAUAAGGCUCAAACAAGGCGAUAACGAGCUUGUGCUGGAAAAACAGAGGGACGAUCAUAAGCUAUUGGAGGAGUUUGUAGAUGAAGAGGAAGAGGCCAUUGAAGUGGAGAAGAACAACAAGGUUCUAGCCACCAUCUUGGGCAAUUUCGAUUUCGAGAAACCGUUGGAUUAUCAAGAAGAGGUUGAUGAGUUCGGUGGUUCUGAUUAUGAGUACAACAAGAGUGACCUCGAAAGCGAUCAAGAGGAAUUCGGGCUGAAACCUGUGGAUCUCUCCAAGAUUGAAUACGUCAAAGAAGGUGAGUUUAGCAAAGAUGCACCAAGAGCUGAACACUAUGAUGAAGAUGCAGAUGACGAAGUUGAAGACAUCGAAUUCGUACCAACGUUUGGCGUUGAGUCACAAGUUAUAGCCAAGGAGCCCCAACCAACGCUUGUAGAAGGGACUGUUUCAAAUACAGAGACUUUACGUUCUCUUUUCAACGAGGAUCAAUCAGCAACGACGUUCAACCUCAUCGAAGAGUCCGACGAGGAUAUUGAUAAGACCAGGAACCCUGUGGAAGCUGAUAUUGACUUACCACAACAGCCUAUCGUACCAAUCAUCGCAAAGGUCAAACAACGCAAGGGGCUUUUCUUCCCACAUUUCGAAUCUCCUUUCUUGGUGGCACAGACCCAGCUGAACAAGCUCAAUACAAACGUCGAUUUCACAGAGUGGGAAUCAACGUUUUGGGAUAAGAGAGCUGAGUUGACCAACGAAUUCAAGAGAAGAAAAAGAGACUCAUUGAGACAAAUGCGCAAGAAGAACGCCAAAAACUCCAGAUUGGUUGUUUAAUAUACCUUCACUUUAGCGAUAAUCGACACAUACGAUCGAUGUAGUGCACCAGCUCGCCGUCUGGGUCCUUGAUGACGUCCAAUUCUGCCUUUUUACCCAAUACCAUGAG